AAGUGUCAAUGUCAUUCGGUAGCGUCAAUUUUUCGAAUUCUACGUAAAUAUUAUCGAAAAAUGUUAUUAUUAUUAAAUAAAUUAUACUACUAAGUGAUUCUACAAGGAAAUUUAAUUUUUAUUACGUCUAUAGUUAUGUGUAUUAAUAAUAGUUCGAUUUAUGAGUGAAGCGUUGAGAAAAACGUUAACUUCACUGUUGUCACUUGUGAUUUCUUCGUGAUUUAGUGUUUUUAUGAGUUUGUAAACGUUUUGUACUGCGACAAUGCCGAAACGCUGUACAUUAGGGUGUGAACACGGAGUUGGCACACAUCGCUUUCCGAACCCAAGAAAGUUUUUGAAUAAGUUCAGGAAGUGGGUCCUCAUUUCUGGGGGGGAUCCAGAUGAUCCGAUUGACUAUGAACGUUACCAAAAAUGUAUUAUGUGCGACAAACAUUUCGAUGCUAAAGAUAGAACUCGGUAUAAUCGACUCAGCUGUCUGGCUAUUCCAUGCCUAAAUUUGCCACCGAGUGCAGCCAAAAUAUUUGAAGAAAUAAAACGAAAUGAUGAUAAUGGUGAUGGUGAUACGGAAAUGAAUGAUACUGAACCAGAUCCUUGCGAUUCUGUGCUGUUUGAAACCGAUACACCUGAAAUACAAUCUGAGUUUGAAGUACAAGAAAAUCUCGAAGGAGAGUUUAUUUCCAAAGGACAGUCGGAUCCUGAAGGACAGUCGGAACCUGAAGGACAGUUGACAUCCGUAGCACUGUCGGAGCCUGCUGAAAUCGAGACAUCUGUAAAAGAAUUGACACCUGUAGUAUUGUCGAAGCCUACAGGACAGUUAAAACCUGUAAUACUGACAAAUAUCAAAGGACAGUUUAUGCCUAUAGGACAAUUAAAACCUGCUGGACUAUCGACACCUGUAGUACUGUCGAAGCCUGUAGGACAACUGAAACCUGUAGUCCUCUCGAAUUCCGGACAUUCAAAACCUGCAGGACAAUUGACACCUGCACUAUCGAAUCACAACGGACAAUUGAUGCCUGUAGGAGAGUUAAGACCUGCAAUAAAGUUGAAAUCCCUAGGACAUUUGCAUCCUGCUGGAAAGUUUAUACCAGUUGGACAGUUGAAACCUAUAAUAAAGUUGACACCCAUAGCACAAACACCUGUCGGAAAGGCAAAGAGACAUAUUCACUGUGUGGGAUCACAUGGUAAAUGCAUUAAUUUUGUAAUAAAAUUUCUAUUAUUCGGUAAUAUUUUUAUUUGUAUCAUGAUUCCUAACUCAGGAGACUAUCCUAGUCAUAAGUACAGUCUUAAGAGGCCACUGCUAACCAAAGACCUCAUCUCAUACGGAUAAAGGUUUAUUCACCACGCUUGCUCAAUGCGGGUUGGUGAUUUUAAACUUAUAAUUAGAAAUAAAUCCUUAACACAGCAAAUGUUUAAAACUCAAAUAAGAAACUUUUUUAUUGAAUUUAACAAAUAAAAUUUUUAAGUGUGGGAGAAACUUGCUUCGGCAGGAACGAACCACGGCUUCACAAAAGACCGACGUGAAACAACCACAGCAUUGUGUUUCGUCGUGUGAGUCCUCACUCAGACUCCGGUAUCAUCUUACCGGAGACACGAAUUACCCCUCGACCCCUUUCCCAAUUCCUGAAAGGCCUCUCUAGGCUCCUUCCACUCGUGUCUUCGUAGAGUUUUUUGUGGUCAAUCCUUUUGAAAGGCGUCAAGAUCAUCCAGUCAUCCGCU